UACGCAUGCUAUCUCAGUAGUAUCGAAUUCGGUGCGACCAUAUUAUGUAAAAAUAAUUUUAAAUGUAUAGUAGGUAAUAGGUUAUAGACCAGUCCUAACGUUUUCCUUACCGUUUAAUAAUAUUCUAGAAAAAUUAAAUAAUUUUUCAAAAAUGUUAAGACUAAUAAGAAUAGCGAAGGAAACUUUUAGAAAAUAUCCAAUGCUAGCUAAUUCAGCAGUCUAUGGUACAAUGAGUGUCGGAGCAGAAUUUUCACAACAAAUAAUGACUAAACGUAUAUUGAAUAAAACUGAACCACGAGAACCGAUCGACUUGGAUGUAUUAGGACGAUAUGCUAUAGUGGGCACUCUAAUUAAUCCAAACAUUUUAUACAUAUGGUAUAAAUGGCUGGACAAAGCAUUUGUGGGUACUACACCAAAGAUUAUUGUUAAAAAAAUGUUAUGUGAUCAAUUUAUUAUGACUCCACCACUCUACGUAAUUUUUUUCGUUACUAUGAGUCUCCUAGAGGGUAAAAAAGAUCUAUUUGAAGAAUGCAGACAAAAGUUCAUUCCUACAUUCAAAACUAGUUGUGUGUUUUGGAUACCAGCACAAGCUAUUAAUUUUAUGUUGGUGCCGCCACCUGCUCGUGUAAUAUAUGUUGGAAUGUGUUCAUUUAUAUGGAUAAAUAUGUUAUGCUGGAUUAAAAGAAAUAAUCACAGUGCCAUUAAAGAAGAAUAG